AGAGAAAGACAUGUAACGGAGCAAACCGCCGCAUUCCAACGGCUAUUAACGUUAGUCUGACUGCUUAAUUCGAAUCCUAACAACCGAGCUUCGUGUUAAAAUCUCACUCCUCCGUUAGACCUUUCACAUUAAAAGCCAACCGUCGGCGACUAGCUCCACAGCAGCGGAACCCCCGUUCGUUUCUUUUCGUUUUCAGAUAGUCGUGAACGGCCGUAGGUCUGUACACAAAAACCUGCGACCAAAUAAUUUUAUUAGCCUUCAGGGGGAUAUUGCCCCCUGUGUCUAUCCUGUGUUUGCCAUUUGGGUAAAUGAAGCUGGCAGAUUCAACACAAAAAUGACUGCGAGCUUUAGCGAAACGUGCCUGUUAAAAGGAACCUACGAUAAUGUGAUAUAUGCAUAAGAGGUUGCUAAUUGAGUCGCCUAAACCUCUAUGUUUUUUAAACGCGUCAACAAUAUCAUUAAAUGACCGGCGGAGAGAGAAAUAAGUUUGGAGCGAAAGUGCGACUAGCAUCGGCGGUGGGCAAGCCUAGCGGUGUAUUGUAGGAGAGACAGGAGCCACAGACCAGAAGCAAACAAUAUGCACUGGCUCUCGCGGAAAAAGAAGCAGUAUUCUUCAAGCUAAAUCAUGUAAUGUAAGCUGCGAAAGGAAAGCGAUUUCGUCUUUUCAUCAGUUAAAGAAAAACCACUCGAUCGGACGAACCAUGUCCAAGCCAGGGGAGAGAAACAGAUUGAACGAAGACCAUGGCAGAAAGCAGAGUUCAAGUUUGGCGAACGGCAUGGACAGUCAUCCCGUCUGCGGCUCGGCGGAGAAGCGGAGUCACCACUGGAGAAGUUACAAGUUGAUUAUCGACCCGGCGCUGAAGAAGGGAUCACACAAACUGUAUCGCUACGAUGGACAGACUUUCAGCAUGCCCAACCCGGGGAUGCCACCGGUGGACAUCGUCCGAGACCCGAGGAUCGGCCGUCUCUGGACAAAGUACAAGGAGACGGACCUGCCGGUGCCCAAAUUUAAGAUCGAUGAGUGUUAUAUCGGCCCUGUGCCUCCAAAGGAGGUGACAUUCGCCCGGCUGAACGACAACAUCAGGGAAGGAUUUCUUACGGACAUGUGCAAAAAAUUUGGAGAAAUCGAGGAGGUCGAGAUCCUGUACAAUCCGAAGAACAAAAAGCACCUGGGAAUUGCCAAAGUUGUUUUUGAGACCGUGAAAGCCGCCAAGGUGGCCGUGCAGUCGCUUCACAACACGUCUGUUAUGGGAAACAUCAUCCACGUGGAGCUGGACCCGAAAGGUGAGAAUCGCCUUAGGUACUUCCAGCUCCUAAUGAAUGGCAGCUACACCCCGAGGACCCUGCCUGUUGGUGGAGAGGAGGCCAGAGAAGUUUCCCCUCGUAGCCUGGCAGAAACCGCACUGGCCUGCGAGCCCAUCCACAGGUUGUCAGAGAGCAGUGUGUCAGCUGGGGGAGCAACGUUGCCACCCAGCAGCUCCAGCACUCCUCUGUCCCUGGAGACAGGCUAUUCCAGCCUAAGGCAGGACACACCCCAGUCCCAGGGAACCCCUCAUACCCCACGCCAGACAAGUACGCCCUUCUCUCAAGACUCCAAUUACUCCAGUCGGCAGUCCACGCCUGCGUACCAGUCCAGCCGGCCCGAGAGCUCAGGAGGAUACAAGUCCCGGAGACACGAGAGUAAGUUCCAGGAUGCGUAUAACCGCAGACCGGAGAGGCCUCAGUACCGCAGCAACAUGUACCGAAGUACGCCUGAACAAGCUCCCUUCAAACAGCACCAACUCACCCCACCUGAACCUCCACCCUCCACCUCCUCCUUCACCUACACAGCGCCUCCCCCUGCUACGCCCAACUUCAAGUCCGCCUUCUCACCCUAUCAGGCUCCUCUGCCCCCUGCAUUCCCCCCAUCAGAGCCAACUUUCCAUCACCCAGCCCAAAGGGAGGGUGAGUACCUCCGACCACCGCAGCCGCCUCUGGCAGCUGCCACUGACUUUUUGCCCGUCAAGGACAGACCAGAAACUCCUCCAAUCCCCGAGCCCCCACCGGAGCCCGUGCUCCAUCCGGCCACUCCUCCUCCUCAAACACCAGAACACUGCCCCUCACCUGGCUCCCCCACGCUGGAUCCAGAGCGCAAUAGCCUGGAUUCCCGCAUUGAGAUGCUCCUCAAAGAGAAAAGGACAAAACUGCUGCCGUUCCUGGAGGAGCGAGACUCGGACACUGAGGUGCGAAUGGAGGGAAGUCCGAUUUCCUCCUCGUCCUCUCAGCUAUCCCCAAUUCCCCCUUACACAAGCGGUUCUCAAGGUGGGCAGCAAAAUUCCCGUCCCUCUAGCACAGGCUUGGAGGAUAUCAGUCCGACCCCACUGCCAGACUCGGAAGACGAGGAGCCGAUUCCUGGGACUGCCUCUCUGAUCAAGAGAAUCAGCUCUCCUGUACACGAGAACAUGAGCAACACUGACCUCAAAGAUGGACAUUUUCGAGGCCACACUCCCACUGAUAAAAUGGACACGAGUCAUCAGUCAUCAGGAGAAGACAUGGAAAUCUCCGACGACGAGAUGCCCGGGACUCCAAUCACCAGCGGAGAGUGUGGCAAGGGCAUUGUCGUCAACUCUGCAGUGUCCAUUCCCAUCCCUCCCCCCGGCUUCCCCCCUCUACCACACCAAGCCAGCUUCCCGAUCCCGCAUCACCACCUGCCCCCUCACUCUGCCGUCCCGGGUCAUCCCGCUCACCUGACCGGUCAUCCUGGAGUGCCUCCCCAUAUGCUGCCACCCAUGGGUCCCUACCCUCCUAGCAUGAUGCCACUGGUACAAAUGGAGCUGAUGAACUGCUUGCGGUGGGAACAGUGGAGCACGGUUCCUAUGUCGUUCCAGAUGCAGCAGCAGAUGCUGAGUCGCAUUGCUCAGACUAGAGGGCCCUAUCCGUAUCCACAUUUUAUGGACAGCGGUGCAUCAGGGCCAUUUGGCGGACAUUACCCACCUCUGUCUAUUGGUGCUGCACCCGCAAGCGGAAACGCAGGGGCACCUGGACAACAAUGGCAGCAUCCCAGUAUACCAAAGUUCAACCCUACUGUUCCUCCUCCUGGAUAUGAAAGUAAAAAGGAGGAUCCGCACAAGGCCACUGUUGAUGGUGUGCUGCUGGUCAUUGUCAAAGAGCUGAAAGCCAUCAUGAAGAGGGACCUCAACCGUAAAAUGGUGGAGGUGGUGGCUUUUAGAGCCUUUGAUGACUGGUGGGAUAAGAAGGAACGCUCAGCAAAGGCAUCUUUAACUCCAGUAAAGGGUGCGGAGGGGAAAGAAGAAGAAAGACCCAAACCAAAAGAAACAAUGGGUUCAAGUCUGCUAGAGAACUGGAACAAGGGUGAGGGACUGGGCUAUGAGGGAAUGGGCCUGGGAAUCGGCUUGCGGGGAGCCAUCCGUCUGCCCUCCUUCAAGGUGAAAAGGAAGGACCCACCUGAGGCCGCAGCAGCGGGCGACAACAAACGAGCCCGACCCUCCACUCCAGUGGAUGACGAACUGGAGGAUGAAGACCGGGAUCGAGACCCAGCUGAGCUCCCCUCAGACGAUUCCAAAAUGGACAGUGACGGUAUGUCUGCAAAGCGACGGCACUCGCGGCCACUUGAACUGGACAGCGAGGGAGAGGAGGAGUUGGACACCUCAGGGAAGGAGGAGGAGUCUUUGUCUGACAGGGGGGAGGAACCUGAUGAAGCAGAGGCCACGGACAGGCUGUCGUCAGUCAAAAGUGGAGAUGAGGAGGGUGAUGAUGAAGACGAGGGAGACUCAUCCAGUGAGAGCGCUUCCUCAGAUUCAUCUGAUGAAGAAGCCGAGAGUUCAGCUUCCUCGAAGGCCAGCUCAGACUCCUCAGCAGAAAGCGAAGACUCCUCUGAGUACGAGUUGAGCUCGGAAGAGGAAGACGAUGAGGAGGAAGAAGGAGAGGCGACGGCAGAAGACGCGGAGGAUGAAGGGAGAGGGGCCGAGACGUCCUCGUCCUCUUCAUCCUCAACAUCUUCAUCUUCUGAUGAAGAGGAGGGGGAGGCAGUGGCCAAGCCACCGAGCCCUCCGGCAGGAUCGGUCCUAGAGGAUAAGGAGGACAAGAGGAGCAAGGAGGAGCUAAGCAGCAAGCCCAAUCGCAGACCUCCAAGUCCUGAGGAUGAGGUAAUGGAGGACCUGAAGCCGCCAUCACCUAAAGGCAUCCCAGUCAAAGAGCGAGACAUCAGGGACAACAACAUUCCCGAAGUGAAGUCUGAACCUCAGGAGUAUGUAGCGAACCUUCGGCCACCCACUCCCACAGGCGCCCUGCCCGACAGUGACCAGGAGACAAAAGCCAAAGGUAAAGCAGAGCUUGGGGAAGUAGCCUGCAUCCCCGGUCAAUUAGCCCCAGCCCACUUAGAUUCAAACACACCUGUCCCCCUAUCUGUCUCUGCAUCUUUAAUGCACCUCCCUCUCCCUCCCCACCCAGCGAUAGAAGGUCGUUCCCUCCUUCAUCCACCCCCUGGUCCCCUACCUGAGUUCCCACAGCGGGCUAGGCUCCCCACAGACGAGGAUAUCCCCCGCACACCAGGCAGGGACCUGAUGGAGCGUGCCCGGAGUCUGGGCAAGUCCCAGAGCACGGACACGGUGCCCAUCACACCUGGUAGUGAUGCCCCACUUACAGGCAGUAGCCUGUUGCUUAGCUCCCCUCACAUCCCCGGUAGCCCCUUUUCCUACCCUGCUCAGUCCCCUGUCCUCAGUGCUGGAGUCCCCCGCACUCCAGGAAGAGACUUAACCUUCACCCCUGUCUUCCCUGACCCUACAGCACUAACUCUUAAUAGGAAAGUAUCCUCUGAGAGCCUCGACGAUAGGCCAGUUUUUAAGGAGCCGCCCAUCAGUGCACUGCCUAACCAAGCUCUUUCAGCUGGCACAGAGAAUUCAGCCAGUGUCCCUGAAGAUCUGCCUGCUGGUCUCACUGUAGAUGUCCCUGUGCCAUCAGACACUGCCCCAUCAAAGAGGAAACCUGGACGACCCAAGGGCAAAAAGAUCCCGGCUUCCUCUGCGGCUGACGAGUCUUUGGAGCUCUCAUCCGAAUCCACCCCUCUGCAUCACGACGCACAUCUCGGAGAUCUAUCCAUGCAAAUGAUGUCCGCCAAGUCUCCCGACCACCUGAGCCUGGACUUCCGGGAAGGAGAGGUGGAGCCUCAGACGGUGCUGCCUGAAGACGGCUUCCUUUCCUAUGACGAGGAGGCACCUGUGGCCAUGAAGCCUGUUCGGAGGGCGCGGAGAGGCUGGGAGGAGCUGCUGCUGGGCAGCCUGUCUCCUGUCACCACACCUUCCCGGCCAUACUUCAACCCACGCUCCGAGUUUGAGGAGAUGACCAUCCUGUACGACAUCUGGAACGAGGGCAUAGAUGAGGAGGACAUACGGCUUCUGCAGAUCACUUAUGACAAAAUGCUCCAGCAGGAUAACGGCAAUGACUGGCUCAACGACACACUCUGGGUCAACCAUCCUCCUACCAACAUACCUGGAGUGAAGAAAAAGAGGAGAGACGAUGGCAUGAGGGAUCACAUGACCGGCUGUGCCAGAAGCGAGGGAUACUACAAAAUCGACAAGAAGGACAAGAUCAAGUACCUUCAGAGCACACGGCUGCAGUCGGAGGAGCCGCCAGUCGACACACAGGGUAUGAGUAUUCCUGCACAGGUCCACGCCUCUACCAGAGCUGGCUCGGAGCGGCGCUCGGAGCAGCGCCGUUUGCUGUCCUCUUUCGCAUGUGACAGUGACCUGCUGAAGUUCAACCAGCUGAAGUUCCGUAAGAAGAAGAUCAGAUUCUGCAAGUCGCACAUCCACGACUGGGGUCUGUUUGCUAUGGAGCCCAUUGCUGCUGAUGAAAUGGUGAUCGAGUACGUAGGACAGAACAUCAGACAGGUGAUUGCAGACAUGCGGGAGAAGCGCUACGAGGAGGAGGGCAUCGGCAGCAGCUACAUGUUCCGUGUGGACCAUGACACCAUCAUAGAUGCGACGAAGUGUGGCAACUUCGCCCGUUUCAUCAACCACAGCUGCAAUCCCAACUGUUAUGCGAAGGUCAUCACAGUGGAGUCUCAAAAGAAGAUUGUGAUCUACUCCAGGCAGCCCAUUAACGUCAACGAGGAGAUCACGUAUGACUACAAGUUCCCCAUCGAGGACGAGAAGAUCCCCUGUUUGUGUGGGGCAGAGAACUGUAGAGGAACGUUGAAUUAACAUCUGGUCGAAGUCAUAAGGUUGUCCUAUAGGGUGUAACAGCGCUUUCCAUAAACUUUUCGUCAAGUUUCCUGGACACACACAGACUCAUCGCCAACGCCCCGCACGAGGAGGAACCGAAGAAGGGAAGGUUUUAUCUGGGAGUGAGGAGAAGAAACCUGCAAGUCGUCUGGAUAGUGUUUGAGCUACCUGUACGGCACUCUUCACAUAUUUAACUCUAGAUUGUUUACGAUUUAUGGUGCUCUUGAAAUGAAAAAUGCAUAGUUUUUUAUGUAUGCCAAUGACCCAGAAUUUACAAAACACUUGACUUGCUGGU